AUGUCGCUGUAUUCAUUCUUUGGAUGCAUGUUCACUGCAUAUGGACCACUCCUUAGCAUAUUUUUCUUAUACAUUUCCCGAGAUGCCCAACUCGUUCUACUCAUGGUGUGCAGUGCAUUCUUUUGGUUGAUCGCUAUAUUAUUAUCUUCAGUCAUAUGGUUUGCUGCAACACCGGCCCGUGAUAUGAACGCAGUUACAAUCCUGCACAGUGUUAUUUUGCAGGAACUAUUUCGAUGGGCAUUGUUCAAGCUUUUGCAUCGAGCAGAAAAAGGGCUAAUGAUCGUAUCCAAAAACCCCAAAUCACGAUACAAUCGCUCUGUAUUUGCUUUUGUCUCUGGCUUCGGGUUUGGAUUGACAAGUGCAUUGGUCACUUACAUUUCCACCCUUGUACAAACGAUUCAACCUGGCGUCAUCAUGUGUCCGUCGUGUCCAAAAGCUACUCUAUUCUUUAUCUCAGCCAUUAACACUUCUUUGACGUCGUUACAACAUAUAACAUGGAUGAUGAUCGCCUUCGAAGCAUAUCUCAAUCUACCAACACUGUUAGGAAUCCUGCAAGGCGCUUGGGUGCUGGCAAGUCAUUUUGGAGUCUCAUACGCGAUGUUACUCAAUGCGUCAGAGUCUGUGUCUCUAGGUUGCGUUUACGCUAUUGUCAUCCAGGUUGUUAUCUUAGCUAUUUCUACAACCCUAGUGGUACUCAAUCUCAAAAAGCACUACGGCGCCGCUGUCUUCUCAAGAACGCAACGGUAG